UUUACCAAUCUUUUAGCCUCUUUUAGCGAAAAGCGGUUUCCGUCAUUUACACUGUAGUUUGUAGUUUUAAUUUCCGCCAACGAACUCUUAGGUCUUACGACUUUAUUACAUUACUUGGCCUUCAGUUUCCCUCUAGUUUCCCUUUAACAAGCGAAGCUUUCUUGAAUCUUAACGAAGGGUUUGAGUUUCGAGCUUAGGCCUUAGAAACCCCGGUUUUUCGCCUGACGCUUGCGCGUUUGCUUGUGCACUUGUGACUUGUACAUCAUGUCUGUGGCUCGCGCGCUAGAAUUUUUGAAUCGCAGCGAGGUGUUUUUGGCUAGUGGGUCGCCUCGACGUCGGGAACUUUUUCAAAGACUAAACGUUCCUGUGCUGUCACACUUGGCUAUUCCGGAAGCAGUGGAGAACCUCGAUUCCACUACAUUUGCUGGAGCGAAAGAAUACGUUACUGCUAACGUUGCCAACAAAAUAAUUUACGCCUUGAAAAACAUGAGUAAUCGUCAGUUUGACGACCGUCGCACUACUGACAAUUUGCAGAACGUCAUGCAGAAGAAAUCCGUACCUGACAUUGUCGUGGCCGCCGAUACAGUGGUUGUGGAUGGAAAAGAAAUUUUGGAAAAACCUAAAUCUUCGGCUGACAAUUACCGCAUGAUAAAGCAACUUUCUGGAAAAGAGCAUACAGUGAUCACCGCCGUGUCUUUCGUGUUGCCACCCCAGAUCGCCGUUAGCGGCGGCGCAUCUAGUGCAAAUUUGGAUGGCGACGAAAAAUUGGACUUGGCAAAGCUCGCCCACACUUUCACUGUGGAAACCAAAAUACGACUCGUUGCAAUGGAUCCCGAUACCAUUUCCUGGUAUGUUAACAGCGGAGAGGGCAGAGACAAAGCUGGUGGCUACGCAAUACAGGGCAUGGGCGCCGCUUUGACUCAUUCCAUCCAAGGAUGCUUCUACAAUGUGGUUGGCUUCCCGCUCAACGCCUUCGUGACGACACUAGGAGAAUGUUUGGGUCAAUAAUUUGAUGUCGUCUUCCGUAUGGGAUUCCGUAUGAGCCGUUAACCGGCCCUCCUCGUCCUCAUUGAAAGGAUUGGUGGAUAAUAGUUCAGCCACCAGAUCCCGGUUGUCAUAGUUGCUGUUGGAUACAGUUUCGGAUGGGUUAAUUUGGUUGGCACUGGGGAAAUCACGGGCCCCUCGCCCCGGUGGACCGGUCAUCCAUUCGUGACUCAAAAGAUUUUCGGCCGUUGCACGAAGGUGUGGAUCCCAUCUGUGUUAAAACAUUCUGUCAUCCGUAAUAUCUUCGGGUGUGUACGAUUCGCUUACUCAAGGCAUUUCUUCAUAAAAUCGAGGAAGCGGCGGUCAGAUGUUUUCAAGAUGGAAUGCAAUGGCUUAGUGCCGGGUAUUCGUUUCUUUCCGCGGCUGUUGAUGAGCCGCGUGGGAUUUCCUAGGCUAUCUGUGAUGGGUCAUCCAGAUUUUUUUGUAAUUGUAUAGAAAAUUUGAAAUCAAUCAUUAAAAUCUUACC